UCAGUUCGCAGUGGGGGGCACUGGAGAGAGACAGAGACAGAGAUGUCGAUACUGUGGGAAAAGAGCGAGACAUGGAGGUGGAUAGUGAGGAAGACGAGGGAUUCGAAGGGGUUUUUCCUGGCCUUCGCGACUGUGUGCGGCGUGGUUCCGGGAAUCAUUGGCUAUGGAGUGAUGCAGGUCACGAGUUCAGGCAACGAACGACUAGAAGCUGAACUCCGCCGCAAUUCUCGCCCCGAUUCCCUUAUGAUGGGGCAAGUAAACAAGGAGAGGCUGGCAGAGUACCUUGGUGAAUUGCAGAGGAAAGAGAACACCAAUGACAGAUACGUAGCAGCUCUGAGGGGGGAGACUUUGACCCGGAAGCCGUAUGCCAGAAUUCAACCAGUCCCGAAGGGAAGCAGCUCCGAAGUUAACAAAGAACAGAAGUGAUGAAGAUGCUAAUGAUGGUGUGAACGCAUGCUCACUCCUGUGAUCCUUUGUUGUUACAGAACACAGUGCGGGGUAGAGACUGAACACAACCUUUUAAAUUGAUAUUUGGAUGUGGUUAUUUAACUAGCCAUUUCGCCUGCUACAAGUAGCCCUACAAAUUUUUGCCAAGUUGGAUCGUUUUUGCAGUUUCUUUGAUCUUCUUUAAAAUCUCUGGGGUUAACUCAUUUUCAGUACCGAAUGUAGGUAAAUUUGACAUUUUUUAGCAGCUACCCAGAGUCAUGCUCUUAUGGAUCUGUUUGAAAAUUGAUGAUUCAUUGCAGCUCAUUGUAGCUGGAUUAUUUAUG